UGUAAAUUGUGACAGUUAUGUUUUUCAUAACCGAAAUUUAUCACGGACAAUUUGAAUGUGUUUUAGUAAAAAUUAAUUUUAUUAAUAAGCAAAAAUAAUCUUAAUACAAUCUAAUCUGUUUAGUGCAAAUAAGUUUUCAACUACUCGUCGACAUUUCCGAUGAUUACCAACGCUUAAGAACCUAACCUAAAAAUGUCGGAAAAUUGCGUGUUAAGAAAAUCAGUUCCUUUAGGAACAUUUGCUCAGUCGUACUUAACGGAAACCGAGAAACGAGAAAAUGUACCUCCAGAUGCCACAUUUGGGGGCAUUCUAUCGGAUAACAAGUACGCCUGGUACGUUAAUGGUUCGAGGUUACAAGUCGUUGAUGUUCGACGCGGUAAAACUAUAGCUGGGUGGUGUUUUGGAUCCAUUGUAAAAGACUCUACAACGAAAGUUGUUUGCAUUGCUGAAAUCCCCAUAUUGUCUCGGGAAACUCCCGUGCUUGUUGUUGGUUUAGAAUAUUUAUCCACAGGAGGGACUAUAUGUGUCUUUGAUGUAUUAACUUCUAAAGUUGUACGUGCAUUACAGCUAAAAGAAAAGAUAUCUAGUUUACAUGUUAUUGAUGGUGGAAAAGAUUUGUUACCCCUUCAAGGUCCUUUGAGAUCAUUUGAUGGUGUUAUAGGUGUUGGUUGCGUUGGAGGAGGGAUUUUGUUAAUUGAUUUAUGCCGACAUUCUAUCGAAGAAGAACAAGAUCGAGAUGAAGUAGAUACUUGCCGAAUAGAGGAAUUAACAUGUAAAGAUCUUCCACAUUUAGAAUACCACAAACAAAAAUUAAGAAGUGGUGUUCACUUAGCCAUUAAUUUAAACAGUUCCACAAAUUAUAUUAAUAAACAUAGACGUGGACCAGAUAUGGCAAUAACCUCUUUAUGUUAUUGUCCACAAUUAGCUUCAUUAAUUGUUGGUUAUAGUUUUGGAGCAUGGCAAUUAUGGGAACUAUUAACAAUGAAAUGUGUUUACACAUCACCUACUUAUGAUAAAAACAUACCAGUCUCUCAUUUUGCAAUACAAGAACCUUCAGAUGAUCCAAAACCAGUUUGUUACAUUUGGGCUAUUUAUAGUUGCUAUAAAGAAAUAUUAACCACUUAUCCACUAGCGGUUCUAUACUCAGUUAAUUAUACAAUUAAAGAAUUUCAUGAUGGUUAUGGUGUUUUAUAUCAGGAUUUCGAGUCUUGUAUGGUGCGAUAUCAAAUGGAACUUGGUUUCAAUUCAUCAAACAAAACUUCCCCCGAAACGAACAUUUUACGUCUAACAACAUACAAAUCAAAUGGUUCAAAAUUACCAUCUCCAGAUAAUCCAGAAGACUCAUUAUCAAUUUGUUAUAUGGCUUGGAAUAUCUAUGGAACUGAUGGGGUACAAUCAUACAUUGGAUUGUUCGAUUUAAAUCAGUGGUAUAAAGCUCAAAUGCCUGCGUAUACAGACAACGAUUCCGCUAAUUAUUUAUCUGUAGUGUGUGUCACUGAUUUAAUUGGAAACAGUGAUUUCGUUUUGGAUGUUACAAUAGAUGAGGGGAGUGUUAAACAGUUUUUGGGGGUUCAAAAACCUGAGGAACAUUAUUAUACAUCGGCUUUAAGUUAUGAAAUUACUUGUUGUGAAGAAAAGGUGACUCAUUUCAUUUGUCACCGUGGCCAACAAAGAACGUUGUUAAAAAGUAUCGAAGAAUCGGAUUCGUUGAUAUUUUUGAAACCACAAGAAAUAUGUAAAACAGCGCAAAAAUUUGGGUUGACUCCAAUUUUUCUUGAUUCUUCAUAUUCUUCUAUUAAUAAUGCUCCCGGAAAAUUCUUAUUAAGUUUAGCCCUUGAACAUCAAAUGAUUGGUUGGUUGUGUAAAUGUGCAAAAAUAUGGUCAAAUGGCCGAUUUAAAUCAUCUGGUUAUCCUUUGGAAUAUUUUUUGGAUUGGGCAUGGAAUAGAGCCAGUGAAUUAAAAGCAAAUGCAGAUUCUUUAACUGUGCCAUUAUUUGAUUAUUCAGAAACUAUUAUUGACGCGAAUAAUCAAAGAAUAAUGAACGUUUGUAUUAAUCAAUUAAAAAACUUGGUAACAAUUUAUGAAUUCAUUUUGAAUCAAUUAGAAGAAUACAUUUUACAUAAAGAUAUCAUACAUCAACAACACUCCAGUUUACAAAUGGUUGUUACUCAUUUUGAGGUUAUACAAUGGAUGGUUAAUUCUGGUUUAUUACCUGAAUGUAAAGAUACUUUUUUAUAUCCAAUUGAAACUUUUAUUUCUUAUUAUAAUACAAGAAGAUUGGAAAUACAAAAUGCCCAUUACGAACAAUUUUCUUCAAAAGAAAGUUUACUUUUCAUUGAUAUCUUAUUAAAAACUGAAUUUUCUGAUAUGCAAUUACAAGAAUGUUGGAAAGAAGACGAGGGAAAUGGGUUUUACCCACCACCUUCAAUGCAAUCGUUAUUAAGAACAUAUUUAAUUGAUAAUGUAAAUUUUUCAUUAAAACAUACAGUCUUAAUUUACGCAUUCCUCGAUUUAUCAAUGGCUUUGGAUAAAUCACGAAACACAUUUAUUAUAACGCAAUUAAUUAAAUUUCCAACGAUUUUCCGUGUAAAUCCUAGCGUUACAGCUUUAUCUCAAGCAUUUUGGCAUUUAGAUCAUAAAGAUUUUACGUCCGCUUUAGAUCUGUUGUUAGAUCCCGCAAUUUCAAACAGCGACAUAAAAUUAUGGCAUCAUCGUGUUAUAAUAAGCGCACUUUUAAUACAAAAACAGUACAAUUUGGCUUUAACUUAUUAUCAAAUCCGUAAACCACCUUUAAAAGAAGUCGACGAUAUCAUUAAAUUAAUCAGUUUGUUUGUUAAAAACGACAUGAUACACGAAGCGAUCGAAUUUCAAAGGGAACACGUUAAUCGUGAAAAUCAAGAAACGAUUUUAACGCAUCUUUAUAGAGAAUGUAAUUCUGUUAAGCAAUUGAAGAAAAUUCUUCGGUAUGCUUUGACGGAAACGGAAGAGCGGGUUAUUAUGAAAUAUUUAAAAGAUGUUUCUCAUCCCCAACAAGAAGAACUUGAAGUUAUGUAUUAUGUAAAAAGAUUUAGGUAUACGGAUAUUAUGAAAACGGCAACUAGGGAAGAACAGUCAGUUGCUGUUCCAUCUGGUUUGCAAGGACAAAAAAUGAUUUCUUAUAAAGAAUCGUUUGCUAAAAGAUUGGCUGGAUUUUUUCCGAAAAUUUCAACUGAUUUAUUUAAAGUUUGUCAAAAUCAAAAGGAAGUUUUUCAAAAUAAAGUUAUUUCACGACCACAACCAUUAUCUGUGGUAAUUCAUGGUACAGAUCAGCAAGCUAAAUAUAAAUCAAAUUUGAUUCAAAUGAGUAUGGUAAAAGCUAGAGAAACUUGGAAGAAACCAAUAGAUGGGGAGACCCAUGGUAGUGAAAAUUGCCCAUUUGUGAGAACUCCUUUAACUUUAAUUUCCUCAUCUAGGAAAAGAUCAUUAAUUUGUCCAAAAAUCAUUAAAGUUGAUGGAAAUGUUGAUGAAGAAAAUAUAGAAUCUCCAUGCAAAAAACAAAAACUCCAACCAAGACAGUCGAUAAGUUCGGUAUCUUUAAAAAAUUCGUUUAACGAUAGUAAUUUGUCGAAUAUAAGCGCUACGAAGUUAAAUACGCCGUUAAUAAAAAGGAAAGUGAAAAGGUUAUCUGGGCAGUCUUUAGAAGGAAGUGAAAAUUUAGCAAUUUGUACUCCACAAAGUAUAUUAAAAGUUCGUAAUUUAAUUCAUUCGUCUACAGCUCAAGAAAGUCAAUCUCCUAGUACUUCCAAGAUUAUUGCUUCUAAUUUAAGUUUAGGAUUAACACCAAGAAAACCCACUUCACGAUUAACAGUUCAUUUUGAAAGCAGCACUAACGAAUCUCGUUCAAUCGAACCAUUAGAACAAAUUUCUGAUUUUAUGAAUAUUUCCGCCAUUUCGAAACAAGAUAGGUUUUCUGACUCUAAAACUCAUGAAAAUAAAAUUGAUGAAAGUGUUGAUAACAAUAAAAUUGAUGAAAGUAAGGAGAUUAAAGAUCCAUCUUCUGAUGAUGUUUUUUAUUCUCCUGAUUCGUCGUUGGAAGAGGAUCUACAACCACCUGAAGAAAAAACUAUGGAUUUGGAGACAACAAUUUCAAGUCCAAUUAAAAAUCAAAUAAAAGGACGUAAUAGUUAUAAAGAUAAAACACCUGAAAAAAUUUAUGAAACUUUAACUAAAGAACCUAUUGAAAAGCCGAAAACACACAAAGAAAAUUCCAUUUAUGAAGAAAAUUCUGCUAUAGAACUUGAGAAAACUACGAAAGAAGAAAGUACAUCAAAUAUAACUAAAUCUCCAGUUAAGAGUCCACGAAGCGCUAAACCAAGAUUACGUAAAUCUUUGAGUAGAAUGGUUUUGGAAAAUAACGCACUUUCAACUUUGUCACCAACCGUGAAGAGGUCUGUAAGAUAUUCGUUGAACUCACCAAAAUCAAAAACGAGUUUAUCAAGCAUUUUGGGUGAAGGAGAUUUUUCGGGUUCAAGCAAUCAAAGUGUUGAAAAAGAUAAAUUAGAAGAACCAUCAAUUACAGAAUUAAAUGUUUCCAAAAAUUCUUCAUCUCAAAGCGAUUACAACCUAAGAGGACGGUUACAAAAAAGACGAUCAGUUAGCUCAUCAAAAAGGAGUAGUUUACAAAGUAUUUCAUCUUCUUUUGGUAGUAAAGAAAUAAUUUCGUUAAAUAGUACUGAGCAAUCUAUAACGCAAGAUCAACAAAUGGUUCAUGAAGACAUCUCAGUGGAACAGGAGAAAGAAAGUAAACAAGAAGAAAUUGAAAAAAGUGCAGAUUUAUCAAAAACUCCAGAUAGUAUAAUAGAAUGGAUAGAAAAAAUUAAAGCGACUGCCACCGUAUCUAGAUGUUCGUCCUUUGAUAACACCAAAUAUAAUGAAAUAAUUUCUUCAGAUACUGUCGAUAAAUCUGUUACAGAAGAACCUAUUGAUUCAUUAAUGAAUGCAUCUGAAAACAAAGAUGAAAGUGUUUAUGAAUGGAUAGAAAAUGUAAGAGUUACUAUGGUACCUUCAAGAUUUUCUGUCUUUAACUCUACAAAACAUGACGAAAUAUUUUCUUAUGACACUACCACUGAAAAAUCUCUUCUACAAGACCAAAAAGAAUCAAACCAGGAGAGUUCGAAAAUAAACGAAAUUGAAGAAGAAAAAGCCGAUGCAGUUGAAGAACAAAAAAUGGAAGACGUUCAAACAGUAAAACCAAUUCAAGAAGAAAUUUUUGUUGCGGAUGAAACUGUUGAUGUUAAUACAGGAAUAGAACAAGAUGUUGAAAUGGAAGUUGAAAUUGAAGAGGAAAUGACUCAAAAUGUACAAGAAAUUAUUGAACUUUCUGAUCCAACAAUAAACGAUGAAUCAAUAAACGAAGUUCCCAUCGAAAUUGCAAGUAAAUCGCAUCAAAUUGAAAUCGAUCAAGACUUAACAUCCGUUUCCAAUGAGAAAGAUAAAACGAUCAAUAAGGGUUUUAUUGCUUCAAAGAAUGUAAUUGAAACUUCAACUCUAGUCCCCAUCGAAAUUUCAGCUGUAGAUGAGCAAUUGUCAGAAAUAGAUCAUAUAAAACACUCUCCUGAAAUUAUAACCGGUCAAAACUUAACAUCGGUAUCGAAUGAGAGUGAUAAAACGGUUAAUAAGGCUUUUAUUGCAUCAACGAAUGUGAUCGAAAUUUCCGACAGCUCCACCGACGAAAGCUUAACCGAACCAUCGUCCACUGAUGAUAAUGACGAUCUUAAUAAGGCCAUGAUUGACUCAGACGAAACAACUCGAAAGCCAGUCCAUUCUAAUCCACCAUCAGAUAAAUCAACAAUUGGAUCUUCUUCUGAAGAUUCGUUUGAGUCAAAUACUAGUUUUAAAUGGGAUUAUGAAUCAAGUCGAGAUGAACGCCAAGAAGAAACAGUUGAAAAUGUUCAACAAAUCGAAACGGAAGUUGGAGAAAUCGAAACAGAAAUGGUUGAUCAAGGAGUACAAGUAACAAUAAUUCAAGAAGAUGUAGUUGAAGAAGAUGGGAUAGUCGAUAAUUGGGUGAUGGAAGAAGAAGUUCGAUCUGAACAAGAACCAUUCCUCACUAUUUUAGUAACCGAAGAAAAUGAAGUAAAUUUAGAAUUGACGCAAAAUACGAAUGAUGAGUUAGAAAGUUGCAAAGUAGAGGAUGAUCAAAUCAAAGAAGAAAUGAAAGAUGUGGAAAAUGCAAUUGAAAGUACAGAGAUGAGCAAUGAAAUAAAACAAGACUCAAUACAAAUCCAAGAUGAUGUGGAAAAAAAUAUUCAAGAUAAACAAGAAAUACAACAAGAAAUAAAUCCGAUUCAAAUUGAGGAAAAUAUUCAAGAAAAAACAGUAAAAAUAAAAAAGAAAUCCUCAAAAGUUUCAAAAAUAGAAGAAGCUCAAAAUAUAGAAGAUACAAACGUCAGCGAAGAAAAAUCAAAACCAACUUCAUCAAACACCGACGUUUCUCUCAAAAAAAUUCAAGAUUCCAUCGAUAUAUCAAAGAAAAAUCCCCGCGUCAUUCUCCACGACGUAACAAAAUCUUGGACACCGGAAAUGAGAGCAAUACGAGGUAUGAGUAUUGACCGCGAAAUCCCAAAAGACGAAGAAGAAAUAGAACCGCCAAAAACACCAUCUCGUAGAUUAUCGAGGAGUGUUAGUGUUGAUCCAGAUACCCCAGUCCGUAAAUCGAGGAGAUUGGCAGGAUUGGGAUUACCAGAAGAGACAAAUAUUACUGAUGAACCUCUUCAAACUGUUUCUGUAAGAACGAGGAGGAGUAGUAUGUCGAAAUUGGGACAUAAUAAUGAAAAUGUGCCAGAUAAAAAAGAAACGUUAACGAAGAAAUUGAAAAAAGGGUCGGAAAAGGAACUAAAAAAAGAAACUAAAGGAGAAGAGGAGGUGGUGAAAGCACCUCAAAGGCGCAAUAAAAGAUCGAAAUCUGAUUGUGAUAUAGAGGUUGAGGUGAAAAUGCCUGUGAAAAGAAAUACUCGAUCUAAUUCUAUGUCGUCUACGUCGGUGUUACCUACAGUUCCUGAAAAUGUUGCAAUACCAAGCACAAGUUUGAGAAGGUCUUCAAGAUCAAGAUCGAAAACUCCUGAUAAAACUGUUCUAGAAACAUCAACCAGAUCACUUCGAAAAGGAUCUUUAGCACAAAUUCCAGAAGAACCCGAAAUGGCCUCUGCGCAAGAACAAAAAGUUAAAAAAAGUCGACCAAGGAAAGGAAGUACUAAAUAAUUUAUUUUUAAUUACUAUUAAUAAGCACUAAAAUAAAAUAAUCCUUUUAUUGUUGAAAAGAAUUAA